AUGCGCUUGAAAAAAUGGUUCCAUUGUUUUUCUGAUAAAGAAAAAGCGAGCCUAUCAACAGAUUUAACUACUUUAAUAUUAUCUCGUAAACGAUCAAUGUGUAAUGUAUUGGAACAUGGUGAACACAAGGUUAUAUACAAGAGAUAUGCUAGUCUUUAUUUUGCGGCGGGUAUAGAUCGUGAAGAAAAUGAAUUGUAUGUCUUAGAAGUGAUACAUCGUUACGUGCAAUUGCUUGAUGAAUUUUUUGGAAAUGUAUGCGAAUUGGAUAUUAUUUAUAAUUUUGAUAAGGCGUAUCAUGUUUUAGAUGAAUUGAUUUUAGCUGGUGAAUUACAAGAACCUGGUAGAAAAGUUGUUAUCAGUCACGUAAACGCAUUUGAACAUGCAUGUCAAUUGGAUAUAAUAACAAGAAAUGUUGAAGAUUCUAUAAUAUAG